AUGGAGGAGGUCGGCAACCAUCGUACCUCGCUGGACGACGAUACUUCGUCAGUGUAUCAGUCCGCAGCUUCUAACGAUGGCAGGGUCAGCCUCUCCUCGACGCAAUGGGAUGGCGAUGCUGAGUCUCAUCUCCCUCCGCUUCGCCCGGCCUCUCCUUUCUGGCUCGCCGGCGAACUUCUCGACGGCGUUUCCAAGUUUAAAUAUUCUCACUCAAGAGACAUUUCCACGGCCUCGAGCAAAACGCUGAACGGAGGCAGCGAGACGGACAGCCAACUUCACUUAGAUCGGCAGACUACCUUGGCUGAUCUCCUGAUAGAUUCGGCUCCUCAUCUCCGACAUCUAUCGACUGUUAGGACAGAUGACGCGAAAUUCAGAAUCGUCUCAUCUAGGCCUAAGGAACGGCUCGUUACGCCCGUCGGAGAACAGAGGCACCCGGGCAAACCGGGGUUGCAAUUUUGCAAGACUUUGCGUCCGUUUGAGCCGGAACCACAAGGAGACAGCGAUGGGCGAAGCCAACGGUCUUCCGUCACCAUAGCCGAAACCGCCGACCAGAACCAGUUCUUACAGGGAAUACCUCUACUUCUACUCACCAUUGGUCUCUCAUUAGUCGUUUUCUUGAUCUCUAUAGAUCGAACUAUCAUUACAACUGCCAUUCCUUUUAUUACCGCCGAGUUCAAAUCUACGGCGGACAUUGGCUGGUAUGGCUCAUCAUACCUCCUUACGGCAUGCGCCUUUCAACCCGUCUUCGGACGCGUCUUCACUCUCUUUAACAUCAAGUGGUCGUAUCUUCUUUCUAUGUUUGUUUUUGAAAUAGGCUCUAUCAUUAGCGGCUUCGCGCCGUCUUCGGCAACAUUAAUUAUCGGACGCGCGAUCGCCGGGUUUGGCAGCGCAGGCAUCUUAACCGGGAGCUUUGUAAUAGUUGCUACGGCUGUACCUUUAACAGUUAGGCCGAUAUAUACUGCGGUCGUUGGGUUAAUGUUCGGUGUUGGCGCCACUGUUGGCCCUCUCAUCGGAGGUGUAUUUACGGAUCUAGUCACAUGGCGAUGGUGCUUCUGGAUUAACCUUCCGGUUGGUGCAGUGACUAUCAUUGUGAUGAUACUUGUAUAUCACCCGCAACCGCGCACGGGGUCCAAGGAGAAAGUCACACAGCGCCUGAUUAGCCUCGACCUGAUCGGGAACGUAAUUCUCUUGGGCGCCGCUGUGAUGUUGUUCCUGGCUCUGGAAUACACCCUUACAGGCGCCGACUGGGCAAGCGCUGAAGUCAUCGGCCUGCUCUGCGGUGCCGGCGUGGCGGCGAUCGUACUGGUUGGAUGGCUCCGGUGGAAGAAAGACCGUGCUCUGAUCCCGCCCGCAAUUGCCAAGCAAAGGACCGUCGCCGCAUCGUGCCUGAUGGCAUUUUUUACUUAUGGCGCCUUGUUGGUGCACACAUAUUUCCUCCCGAUCUGGUUCCAGGCCAUCCUAGGCUACAGUGCCAUUCAAUCAGGCGUUGCCAUGAUCCCGUAUUUUGUUGCAAACGCUUUGUUUUCCGUCUUCUCGGGCAUCUUCGUGUCUGUCGUCGGCUACUACACACCACCGGCCAUUCUCGGAAGUGCAAUCGGUACUGUAGGCUGUGGUAUCAUUACGCUGUUCCACCCGAGUAUGAGCACGGCAAUGUGGAUCGGAUUCGAAAUUCUCGCGUCGGCUGGAUUCGGCAUGUCCAUUCAGCAGGGCUUUACGGCGGUGCAAACGGUGUUAGGACCGGAAGACUUGGCUGUCGGUACCGCAGCCGUCGUCGCGUCUCAAUCGCUAGGUGGCGCCGUUUUUAUAUCGGUCGGCAAUAGCGUGUUCCAGAACCGUCUUGCGGAUCUCAUCGAGAAGACAGAUAUUCCAGGUCUUGACGUCCGUGCUAUCGUCGGCGCAGGGGCCAUCGCCUUCCGAAAGGUCGUCCCGCCCGAGCAGCUUCCCGCCCUACUUAAAUUGUACGACGAAGCACUACAUACCGUCUUUCUCGUUGCAGUCCCGCUCGCCGGCUUGGCAUUCUUGUCCUGCUGCGCUCUACAGUGGAAGUCCGUUAAGAAGCCAAGCAAGCCUGUGGCUGAGACGGAAAAGGUAUAG